GACAAGAGGACCUUUUUUUGCUCCCAGAAGCCAGACAGCUGGUUCCAGCCUGUUCUGGUCAACAUCAUGGCCAAGACCCCUAGUGACCAUCUUUUGUAUUCCCUGGAGGAGCUGGUGCCCUAUGACUUUGAGAAGUUCAAAUUCAAGCUGCAAAACACCAGCCUGGAGAAGGAGCACCCCCGGAUACCUCGAGGCCAACUCCAGACAGCCAGGCCAGUGAAGCUGGCCACUCUGCUGCUCAGCCACUAUGGGGAGAAGUAUGCCAUGCAGCUGACCCUGCAAAUCCUGAAGGCCAUCAACCAGCACCUCUUGGCAGAGGAGCUCCAGAGGGCAAUUGGCCCAGAAUGUCCCAUACAAGAAAGUGGCAAUGAGUGUUCAGCAGUGUCGUGUUCCUCUGGGGAGAAUAAGCCCAAGAGCCUGAAGAUACCAGAUGGCCUGGAAGGUGACAGGCAGCAGCAAAGUGGUGAUGGGGCAGCCAGCCAGCCCGAGGCUGGGAAGGGGCCCCAGAAGAAGCCUCAGGGCAAACGGAGAGACCAGAAGGGCUCAGAGGGCCUGGAUGUACAGGCCAAGCCAGGGCCCAGGGGCAUGACUCUGUCUUCUAGGAAAAGUCCGCUCCCCAGAAGGCUACAAGGGGAGAAGGGGGCUGAGUCAAGUGUCAGGCUACGCAGGAAUGCCAGCUCUGCAGGAAGGCUCCAAGGACUCUCCAGUGGGUCAUGUGCUGGGUCCCCAGGAAGGAAAGAAUGCAAGAUAUCUGAAGCAUAUGUACCUUCAAAAAAGAAUCGACCCAAAAGUCUUGAAUUUACCAUUUCUUCAGGAGAGAGAACGCCUCCCAAUUCAGAAACUCUUCUGCCUCAAGAGAAAAUGAGAAGUGAGAAUCUGGACUCAGCAGCUACCCUCAGCAAAGUGGCCACUCUGGAUGUAGGGGCUACUGUGGCUCCAGAGAAAGGCUCCAGAAAUCCAGAACAUUCUGUGAUCCUGGAUGGAGGAGCAUUCAGGAAUAUGCUUUCCAAAGUAUUGUUGGCUGGAGAGGAGAAGACCUGGGAGCAUCCAGAAUCCACAGCACCUUUGGAGAAAAGUGGAAUUGAGGGUCCAGAGACACCUGAGACGUUGGGGGAGGUGGUAGGUGGUGAGCUUUCAAAUCCAGAAGUCCUUCCACCUUCAGGGAGGCCCCAGGAUGAGGCUGUGUGUCCCCUUUGCCAUGCCCAGGAAGGAGAUCCAGUUGGUGGCACUUGUGUGCACGAUUCCUGCAGCUGCUCCGUUGCUUCUAGGGAUCCCAAGGCCUCAGGUGGUUGCUUGCCCAAAUGCCUCAGGUGCCAGGUCUCGCUCUCAAGGAAGAGCUCUGGAAGCCUCGAGCAGCGGGAGGGCCUACAGAUGGCCAGCCUGAGCCCCCAGGCCCUGCCACAAUGUAAGCGUCACAUGAAGCAGGUCCAGCUGCUCUUCUGUGAGGACCACGGGGAGCCUAUCUGCCUCAUCUGCAGCCUGAGUCAGGAACACAGAGGCCACCAGGUGCGCCCCAUCGAGGAAGCUGCCCUGGAAUACAAGAAGCAAAUUCAGAAGCAGCUGGAGCAUCUGAAGGAGUUGAAAAAAUCCGGAGAGGAGCAGAGAUCUCAGGGGAAUAAGAACACUUCAAACUACCUGAAACAAACUGAAAUCCAGAAGCAGAGAGUCAGGUACCAGUUGGAGCAGUUGUGCCAGUUUCUGGAGCAGCAAGAGCGGCUCUUUGUGGCCUGGCUGGAGGAGCUGGGCCAGACCAUUGGCCAAGUCAGGGAGACAUAUGACACCCAAGUGUCAAGGGACAUUGCCCUUCUCAACAAGCUGAUUGAGGAGCUAGAGGCCAAGCAGUGCCUGCCGGAAUGGGAGCUUAUGCAGGACAUCGGAGUCACCCUGCACAGAGCCAGGACGGUGACUGUGCCUGAGCCAUGGGCCACCCCUCUAGAAGUGAAAGAAAAGAUCCACCUGCUCCACCAGAAAUCAGAGUUUGUGGAGAAGAGCAUGAAGCAUUUCUCAGAAACCCUGCGUUCAGAAAUGGAAACCUUCAAUGUUCCAGAACUGAUUCACGCUCAGGCACAUGCUGUUAAUGUGACUCUGGAUGCAGAAACUGCCCACCCCAACCUCAUUGUCUCUGAUGACCUGAAGAGUGCUAGACUUGGAAACAAGUUGAACCGUAUGCCUGACAGUCCGGAAAGAUUUGAUAGCUGCCUCUUCACCCUGGGCUCUCCAAGCUUCCUCUCUGGCCACCACUACUGGGAAGUGGAGGUGGGAGACAAGACAGGGUGGGUCCUGGGCAUCUGCAAGGCAUCCACAAGCAGAAAGGGGAGCUUGACUCUGUCGCCGGAGAAUGGCUACUGGGUGGUGAUGAUGAUGAAGCGAAAUGAGUACCAGGCAUCCACCUUUCCCCCAACCCGCCUGCGGAUGAGGGAGCCCCCCAGGCGUGUGGGCAUCUUCCUGGACUACAAGGCUGGAGCCAUUUCCUUUUACAAUGUGACAGCCAAAUCACACAUCUACACAUUCACCAGCUUCUCUUUCUCUGGGCUCCUUCAACCAAUCUUCAGUCCUGGGACACAUGAUGGAGGGAAGAACAUGGAUCCACUCACCAUCUGCCCAGUGGGUGACCAGGGGCCUCACUGAAAGCCCUACACUUUGCAUCUUUCUUCCAAC